AUGGGCGCCCGACUCUCUCAGCCGCGAGGUCCAGGAGGCACCACAGAAUCCUCCCUAGCCACAUCUCCCUCCGCACAGAAACGCGGCCCACGCUUCAACUCCCGCAUGAUCGCUGCACCAGCCGCAGCGUUCACAAUGGCCUGCAUCCUCUUCGUAUACGCUCGAACGUCGAUACGUGCUGCCAAGGCAAACGCUCAGCGACAUAGAGAUGCAGAUACUGGCGGUGAAGGGGUGAGCUUGCUGAAUGAGCACCGACGGCGACAUGGUCAGGCACCGAAGCUGGAGGAAGGUACGAUGAAAGAGCUGGGCAGACAGUUGGUGAGAGGUGAGAAGAGGGAUCCGAAGACGGAGGCGGUGGAGAGGAGUAUUAGCGAGGAAGAGGAGAGGUUGAAGGCGCUCAAGGGGAGGAGGGGUGGACGUGGUGCGCCGGAUGCUUGA